CUUUUAUCACUGUGUGUGCGCAGCGUCGGACUGUCCCCGCAGACGGACCGGAAGCAGCGUGAGGUUACAGAAGUCUUUCACCUGAUCCUUCAAAGUGCAAAAAGUUCCUCAGCUGCUGUUUGUGGAGCUCGGAGAAGAUGUUGAGACGUGCGACCACUCAGAUCUUCCAACAGGCGGUGAGAUACAGGAGCACAGACACCAGCCUCAUCCUGGAGAGAUCGAUUAACCGCGUCCAGCUGUUGGGUCGGGUCGGUCAGGACCCUGUGAUGAGACAGGUGGAGGGUCGUAACCCCGUCACCAUCUUCUCGUUGGCAACAAACGAGAUGUGGCGUUCUGGAGACGGUGAAGUCAGCUCAACGGGUGACAUCAGUCAGAAGACGACGUGGCACCGAGUGUCUGUGUUCAAACCCGGUCUGAGAGACGUGGCCUACCAGUACGUGAAGAAGGGGUCCAGGAUCCUCAUCGAGGGGAAACUGGACUACGGAGAGUACGUGGACAAGAACCAAGUCAGACGUCAGGCCACCACCAUCAUCGCAGACAACAUCAUCUUCCUGAGCGACAACGUGCGAGAAAGAAUCUGAAGAUUCCUCGACUACCAAACAACUUCAUUUUGUAUUUUCUUCUUUACACGAAUAUGAGACCGAGGACCUGAAUGUUACAGAGUAAAGGAACCCAUUGAGGGGACGGAAUAAGCUGUAACACGCAGGUCCUGUUUGACUGUUGCGCCCCCUGCUGGUGGAAGAAGAAGACUUCGAUGCAUUCAGUGAAGUGGGAAAAGUUCCCUCUUGCUGUAUCUGUAUAUAUUCACUCACUCUUUACGGUUUUUAUUGUGCUGCUUGUACAUUAACGUUAAAAACAAAAUGUUCUGAGGCAUAAAAAUAAGUUCAUUAAAUGUACAAUACUUAACUUCAGCCACUAGGUGUCUCUCAAUCAACACGGUAAGGAAACCCCUGGUGUGAUGAAGUUGUGAGGAAGUGUGGGAUCAUGGGAGUUGAGUCGAUGGAGAUGCGACUUUGACCAAAUCAUGUUCACAGAUGAGGUCGUAACUCUGCUAAGAGAACGUCUCACUUGUGUUAAACAUCAUAGACAAAGUUAUUACGGUUUUUCAUUUCGAUCAGAGUUUUAGAAAUAAAAUAAAAAACACGAAAGAAAACUGCCUCAAGGGGCAACUUGUAAUUUUCCCAUUUCAGCAUUAAUUAUUUUCUCCGAAGGCUCCAGACUCUUCUUACACAUCAACCUGGUAGUAAAAAUAAACCUCCUGCAGAUCUUCCACCAGU